AUGGGCAAUCACACGCGCGGCAAUCAAAGCAGCAGCAAUGAAAGGAUCCAGUCCAGCGUCGUGACGAACUUGGGUGGCAUCAACAUUGGCAACACGAUCACGAUCAUCAACAUUGGAACCGGGUGGCCACAGGCAGGCGAGAGUGAGCCCGCUGGCAAGACGCCGAUCAUGAACACACCAACACUCAAUGAUACUGGUCGUUCAGCCAUCACCUCGGCAGCCGCUCGUGCGUUUUGUGACUCCGUUGGAUGCACACCUUCGCAAGAGGCACAGACCAACGAGACCCUCACCGGAUCGAGCCCUUUCCCAGUCACGCCUUCUGUCACUGCUGUCCACGCUGCAAGAAGCUACGAAGUCGGACAUCACGUUCCCAGCAACCACAGCAGCAAAGUGGCGAUGGGAUCAGUCCAGUGGCUGCUGCUCGUUGCGGUGCUAGUAGAGCUACGCCAUCGGUGA